AUGGACAGGUUGCACUCCUCCAUGCGUAAAAGACUCUACAGUUUGCCACAGCACAUUGGACAGAAAGCAUCUAUAAUGGGUGAAGGAGAAGACGCAGACAAGGACACCCGGAGGAAGAGCAUUAGGAUGAAGCCUUUACCGUCACCGUCGCCGACCUCUGGAGGAAGCUGCAAAGGCAUCGGCGAGACCAAAAGUGGGGAAUCUGUGAUCAUGGAGACGGACAUAGGGAGACCUAUGAAGACCAGCUCAAAUGGAGAUUGUCGGAGAUUUCGAGGCAGCCUUUCGUCCAUCACAAGUCGACAUGUGCACGACUCAGACUCUGCGGAGGAGAGACGCCUCAUCACUGAAGGGGAUGUUACCCCGAGCGAAGAGAGCCCCCCUGGAGCAAUGGGUGACGGGCAGCCGGAUCAAGGUGCGCAGGAGGCCAGCAGUGGCGGUGGCGGUGGUGCCCAAAAUGAUUCUCCAGACCAGCAGUCAGGGUUUAUAAAGUUGGAUGGCAUUGAUCAAAUUCUGCCGGACGACGAGAGAUUAUAUCAGGCUGGGUUCAUACACAGACAGUUAGGAGCAAUGCUUCAACCAGGGGUCAACAAGUUCUCCCUGAGGAUGUUUGGAAGUGAGAAGGCGGUUGAACGAGAGCAAGAGCGGGUUAAAUCCGCCGGAUUUUGGAUAAUUCACCCCUACAGUGAUUUCAGGUUUUACUGGGAUUUGACCAUGCUGCUGCUGAUGGUUGGAAACCUCAUCAUCAUCCCUGUGGGCAUCACCUUUUUCAAGGAUGAGCACACCCCGCCGUGGAUUGUGUUCAACGUUGUCUCCGACACCUUCUUCCUCAUGGACCUGGUUCUUAAUUUCAGGACGGGUAUCGUCAAGGAAGAUAACACAGAAAUCAUCUUAGAUCCGCAACAGAUCAAGAUCAAGUACUUGCGGAGCUGGUUUGUGGUCGACUUCAUAUCCUCCAUCCCCGUAGACUACAUCUUCCUCAUUGUGGAGACGCGCAUUGACUCGGAUUUCUACAAGACGGCACGCGCCUUACGCAUUGUCCGCUUUACCAAGAUACUAAGCUUGCUGCGCCUCCUGCGCCUCUCUAGACUCAUUCGCUACAUCCACCAGUGGGAGGAGAUCUUCCACAUGACCUAUGACCUAGCCAGCGCCAUGGUACGAAUAGUCAAUCUAAUCGGCAUGAUGCUGCUGCUCUGUCACUGGGAUGGCUGCCUGCAGUUCCUGGUGCCCAUGCUCCAGGACUUCCCUGCUGACUGCUGGGUGUCCAAAAAUAAGAUGGUGAAUGACACAUGGGGACAGCAGUACUCCUACGCACUUUUCAAAGCUAUGAGCCACAUGUUGUGUAUUGGGUAUGGCAUGUACCCCCCAGUGGGCAUGACAGACGUGUGGCUGACCAUCCUCAGCAUGAUUGUGGGUGCUACUUGCUACGCCAUGUUUGUGGGCCACGCCACUGCACUAAUCCAAUCUCUGGACUCAUCUCGACGGCAGUACCAGGAGAAGUACAAACAGGUGGAACAGUACAUGUCCUUUCACAAGCUGCCUGCAGAUAUGAGGCAGAGAAUCCACGACUACUAUGAGCACCGCUACCAGGGCAAGAUGUUUGAUGAGGAGAGCAUCCUGGGAGAGCUGAAUGAGCCGCUCCGAGAGGAAAUUAUCAACUUUAACUGUCGAAAGCUGGUGGCAUCUAUGCCGCUAUUUGCCAAUGCUGACCCAAACUUUGUCACCUCUAUGCUCACCAAAUUGAGGUUUGAGGUGUUCCAACCUGGGGAUUACAUCAUAAGAGAAGGCACCAUCGGAAAGAAAAUGUACUUCAUACAACAUGGGGUUGUCAGUGUUCUAACGAAAGGCAACAAAGAGACCAAGCUUUCGGAUGGCUCCUACUUCGGGGAGAUUUGUUUGCUAACACGGGGCAGAAGGACAGCCAGCGUCCGAGCUGACACGUACUGUCGCUUGUACUCACUGUCUGUUGACAACUUCAAUGAGGUACUGGAGGAAUAUCCUAUGAUGAGAAGGGCUUUUGAGACUGUUGCUCUGGACCGGCUGGACCGUAUUGGCAAGAAAAACUCCAUCCUGCAGCACAAGGUGCAACACGACCUCAGCUCUGGUGUACUCAACUACCAGGAGAAUGAGAUCAUCCAGCAGAUUGUGCAGCAUGACAGGGACAUGGCCCACUGUGCCCACCUCAUGCAGAACGCUCCACCACAGACACCGCCCUCACCUACCCCUGUCAUCUGGGCCCCACUCAUCCAAGCACCUCUCCAGGCAGCAGCCGCCACCACCUCUGUAGCCAUAGCCCUGACACACCAUCCCCACCUCCCACCAACGCUCUUCAGACCUCCAGUUUCUGUCCUCGGUUCCCUGAAGGACCCUCCUAGCCGACUUAAAAAGUUUCACACAUUUGUUCCUUCAUCCACAUCACCUGGCUCUGCUGGGGACUCUCCUUCUAGCACACCUUCUAAGCUGCAAACUGGGAUAGACAUGCCAUUGCUGGCGUCUUUUCGGGCCCAGCAAAUUACAUCAGGUUCAGGGGCAACUAGUUCAAGCCAGCAUGCUUCAGGUAGCGGAAUACAAUGCGGACCUUGCGGGUCUGGGCCUGGGUCCAGUGGAGGAGGAACCUCCGUGUUCCCGUUUGGUCAGUUUUCAUCUACUGGUUCACCUUCAUCUAGUACGGCCCAGCUGCACCCUCAACCACAAAAUCAAAAAUCCUUCCGCUCUGGUACACCACCUCUCUCAAACCUCUUUCACCAAGGAUCUAUAGGUGGAAGCACAGGGUCAGGACUAAGUGGAAGUUUAGCUGGAGCUUGUGGUGGUGCUACGGGGUGGUCUUUAGGUGGAGCAGUUGGAGGUUUUGUGGAAGGGGCCACUGAAUCACUGGUAGUGACUACCACUGGAGGAUCACUGGGAAGGGCUUCUGAUGGAUCAGUGGCACUGAUUUAUGGUGGGGCCUCAGGGGGAACAUUUGGAGGAUUUUCUUGUGAUUCAACACAAGGAAAUUCUGGGGGAUCAAUGGGGAGGACUUCUGGUGGAUCAACAACUAGCCAUUUAGGAGGAAGUUCUAGUGGGACAGUGGGAGGAGUGACUGGAGGACAUAUAGGCAGAGCAGUAAGUGGCACAAUUGGAAGCCAUAUAGCAGGAUCUACAGCUUGUCCUCUUGGAGGAAUUCCUGGUGGAAUUACUUCUGGGCUUAUUAGUUCCUCUCGCUGUCAGAGCCCUAUAUCUAAUAAUUCUAUAUCUGGUCAGCUUCCCCAAAACCAACCACCUGCCAAGCCUCCUCAGGUGGCUCCUCUGCAGCAGUUUGCUGGAGGAGGCAGGACUACCAGUGGAUUAAACCUUUUCCAGUCCCCUCCACAAGGUUCCCCAUCCUCUGGUAGAGGACAGCACAGUCAGCAGCCUGCUGAGGGCUCCCCAUCUUCCCUCAGCCAUUCUAGUCUGGCAGGCCUCCAGUCUGGCUGCUUACCUCACCAGAUGUCACUGGAAAGGUCUGCAUUGGCUUCUCUGGCCCAGUAUGGCUCAGCAAACGCCUCGCCCUGCCUUACUCCGGUCGCACCCAGUCCCACUGUUCAAAGCCCCGUGGCAGGCAGGACUUUCCACUAUAGUGACCCUUCUAGUGUCACAGGAUCCCACAGUUCUUUGCUCAUGCCUCAAACUUGUUUUCCUUCACAGCUUCCAAGCCAGCCACAAAAUACAGGAAGAGAUUCCCCUCUGGGACGUUUUUCUGAGGACCUAAAGCUUUUAUCCAGCUCUCAUUCAUCCCUGCCCCAGGAGGUGACCCAGGUCUUAGGCCACCAAACUCCUUGCUCUUCAAUAGAAACUGGGUAUUACCCUUCUCCAUUUUCCUCUCCUACUCUUGUACCCAAACCCUGUAGCUCAGUGCCAGGGCACAUGACUCCUCCAAUCCAGAUGUCUCCGGGGCACCCUCACCAGACUUAUUCCUCCGGGGCCUCGCCAGCCAUGUCUUUACGGAGGGACUCUGCUGCCUUUUCAUCUGAUCUAGAACCUCAGUCUGUCCGCUCUAAACUCCCUUCAAAUUUGUGA